AGUCUGGCAGCUCAGCUCAGCCCAGUGUGUGUGUGUGUGUGUGUGCGGCCCAAACUCCGGCAGCAGCAGCAACAGCAACAGCAGCAGCAGCAGCAACUUUGGCGAGGCGCUCCCUUACUGCCAGCUACCAUGAACACUUAAAAUAACCCCUGAGCGUCCUCUAAUGAACCAGCGAGCUUAAGGCCUAUAAAUUCAAGAUGGGGAAGCAGAAUAGCAAGCUACGGCCUGAGGUGAUGCAGGAUUUGCUGGACAGCACAGACUUCACGGAGCAUGAGAUUCAGGAGUGGUAUAAGGGUUUCCUCAGGGAUUGCCCGAGUGGGAACUUGUCAAUGGAAGAAUUCAAGAAAAUCUAUGGGAACUUCUUUCCCUAUGGGGAUGCUUCCAAAUUUGCUGAGCAUGUUUUUCGCACUUUUGAUGCCAAUGGAGAUGGAACAAUAGACUUCCGGGAGUUUAUCAUUGCACUAAGUGUCACUUCAAGAGGCAAACUGGAGCAGAAGCUAAAGUGGGCGUUCAGUAUGUAUGAUCUAGAUGGCAAUGGAUAUAUCAGCAAGUCAGAAAUGCUGGAGAUUGUUCAGGCAAUCUAUAAAAUGGUUUCUUCUGUGAUGCGGAUGCCCGAGGAUGAGUCAACGCCUGAGAAGAGGACCGAAAAAAUAUUCAGACAGAUGGAUACCAACCGUGAUGGUAAACUAUCCCUUGAAGAAUUCAUCCGAGGUGCCAAAAGUGAUCCUUCCAUCGUCCGUCUCCUUCAGUGUGAUCCCAGCACCGCUGGACAAUAUUAAUUCCAAAAUGGAAGAAAAUGACAGUUGGUGUGGCUGUGUUUCUGCUUCCUGCCAUUAUGUCAUUUGGUGACUCAGUCACAUCUUCAUGGCUGCAUCUGACAUUGUUCAGCCUGUUUGAUUUUUAAAUAUGACUUUGUAACUGGCUGUUUAAUUAAAUGCUGUCUGAAUAUAUUACACAACCUUUGUGGGCUGUGUGAAUGCAUUGUCACAAUAAUUAUAUGUACCUUGAUCAGAAAUUUUAGAACUUUGUUCUUUUUUCAUUUCAACCAGAAAGAGACUUUGAUUUUAUUUCUAAUGAAACUCUUAUGUCUCUUGGUUGCAAAGGGAGCAGAUAUUUGUAUCAGUGGGAGACGCAUCAUAGCCAUUCAGUCAGUAGUCACUCUUCUCCAUACUGCAUUCGGAAAGAAAGCAAAGUUAUCAACGUUGUAAAAAGGAAGCAGGUCAGUCGGGUGGAUGUUUAUGUUGCAGCCUUUGAACGAUGAGUGAUGCUAAUAUGUUAAGUAUUUUGAUGUUAGUUUAACCCAGUGUGGUUAGAACUGAAAGUUACUUGAUUAUAAAUAUGAGAUUACGUUCUUUUAGAGUUGUUGAUGGGGGUACACGUAUAUUAGAGUUUGAGCUGCCUUCUGCAAAACAUGCUGGCAAGUCACAGUCUGACAAAUAUUUGUAUUUAAAGGAUAUAAAGGAAACCCAGAACUAUUUUUCACUCUAUUGUACAGCAUUCAUGAGGCUGCUGGAGAUUCAUUGCCAAUGUUUUCAUGUAACACUUUGCUAUCACAGUCACUCCCUUUGGAACAAAAACUUCAGCAGAGACACGAGACGGGUAUGAGACCCAUAUAUUAUACAUUUUGCUGUCUUUUUUUUCCAUUGGCUGGUGCAAAUUAAAGUUUUGACCUGGAAGUUGAGAAUAACUUCAGAUAAAAUGAAGAAGACAAUUGGACAGGACACUAGUGUGCAAUUCAUUUUAAAGUCGUACAUAUUCUGCCUUAUAUAUUUUAAUAUUACCUUGUUAUUUAUAGUUUAAAUAAGUAACAAAACAAGUCAUUUUUCGAAGCAGUUAGUUAGAGCAUAAUAAUCUUUUUGCUGUACCAUACAAAGAGCUAAGAGAUACAAAAAUGAGACACCGCAACAUUGCCAUUUGUGGAAUAUGUAAUUCUAAUGACAAAAGCAUACUCACCCAGGGGCCAUUUUAAAUAGAGACAUAAGAAACAUAGAAAAUAGAUGCAGGAGUAGGCCAUUCGGCCCUUCGAGCCUACACCGCCAUUCAAUAUGAUCAGAACUGACAGUGGAAACAUUAGCACAAGAUAUUCAUGUUGAUAAUGUUUCAAUAUACUUUCUGGGACACUUGCAUACUUGCAUGCCUUAUUACAACACAUACAGUAAGUGAUUGGCUCCUUUAAAUUGUUGUAAAAUCAUUGAGUGUAUCUUCAUUCUAUGCAGAUCUUUAUUGCUGUUAUUUUUGGAAUAAUUUGCUGGAUGAAAUGAAGUAAUUCACAAUGCAUGCAUAUGUUUUAUUGUGAAACUCCUUACCUCUGUACUACUUAACAUUUCUCAAGGGCCAUUGUCCCAAGCGGCAGUUAUGAAAAUCAUUAAGGUUUGUGGCACAAUAAAAGGAUGUCUAUCUCUGUGUCAUUGCUGUCUGCCAUAUUUCACGCCCUGUCACGUAUUCAUAGUGCUCACCACAUGGAAGAAGGCCAUUUAAUCUUUUCUAGAUCAAUCCCAUUCCCCUACAUAUUUCACCAUAAUGUCUUCUCUCUCACGUGGCCAUUAACUCUCCCCAAUUCUUCUACCACAUACUACGCCAUGGAAGGAUACCCGGUAAUGGGUAAAAAAAGAUUACAUUUUCCAGUUUACCUCCUACAUCAAAUUGCAUUCAUACAUUAAUGGUUGAGUUUUCAGUACACUAGAUCAGCGUUUUUUUGGGUUUGCAAGAUUUAUUUAUUGUGUAGAUGAAAAUCUCAUGCCCACUGCUUUAGUCUGAAAGGGAUUGCCAACCCCAUCAGAUUUAUAUCUAAUUGCUGCCCAAACUACCCAUUGAUUUGUCCUGCCUAGUUCAAAUUUGAGUUGUAAGCAUCGACAUGCAUAUUCAAAUUUUGAGGACGUGCUGUUUGAUCACGCCUAACAUUAAAGGACAAACAUUAGUCAUCAACUUCCCUUCAAAUGAAUCCCUUAGACAAUUGUUUUGAACUGCAUUUUUCAAUAUGUUGCUUUUGCUUUCUUGGGAGAUUGACAUCAACAGGGCUGUAUGACUGCUGCAUUUAUAUUUUUCUGCAUCAUUUUAUUUGAAGUGCUCCUUUUUAAAUGACAAGUCUCUUAUGUGACACUUUCCAUUUAUCCAUUACCUGGGAUAAUCUGAUGCCAUAAAAUGUAGAUUUACAAUCAGUGUCUUUUUUUAUGAUUCCUUUUAUCAUACACUUGGUGUAUCAAUGUGAUUAUGCUGAAGAAUCUCUUCAAACACUUCAUUAAAGUUCACUUUAGUGCAUUGCACAUGCAUGAAUCGUUUUGUAAAACGGCAUUCAAGAUUUUUACUGUUGUACAAGGAAAAGCAAAGGAUAGUGCAUUGUGAAUCUCAUGGAAAGUAGUUUGUCUUAUUGGCUAUUUUUGAACCAUUCUUGCAUUGAAAUUUAACAGCAUUGUGAAUUUUAUUGUGUGAUAUUUGAAAGUUUAGACUGGCAUGUAAUGUUGUUUAAAAUAUACAUUUUCCACACUUGAAUUUAGAAUGCCAUUGCUUCCUUGCACAUGGGUAUUUGCCAAUACAUUUCACCGUGAACAAAUAGUUAAUAGCUUUUCAGCAGAACAUUUUUACCAUUUAGAAGAAAAUGAAUAGCAUUUGAUGAUGCCAAGUGAAGUAAUUUGAAGCUACUCAUUUAAGCUUGUUGAUGAUAAUCUUUGUAAUUGUAAGGGUACGAAUUCAUUUCAGUUUAUAAAAUUCUUAUACACACAUAAUUAAAGGGAAAGGUCAUCUGUGCUUUUGCAUUGUGAAAUCCCAAGAACUUUUUGUCACAGUGAUAUUACAAACAGGUAGCUCUUCAUAUCUUACUGAAACAUGGCCUGCUGUUCCAAUAUGUUUCUGUUGCUGCGUCACAUGUUUGUCAACAAGACUAGAAAGCCCUCUGCACUACUGUAUAAAAAGGUAAUACUGACACUUUAAAAGAGUGUCAAUUAAGGCUCACUCAAACUAUUCUUUCUGUCUCACUUAUUUUUCAGGAGAUGUUGUAUAACCAUUAGGAGACAUGGAAACAUGAGUAGGCCCUUCAAGGUAACAUUCUUGCCAAACUAAAGUGCAGAAUCAAUCUAAAGUUCUGAACAGUUGAACUUACAAUGUUUCAGAAAUCUUUUGUGGCAAUGUCCGGCAUUUCCCACUUCAGAGUAAGUGUAUUCCUCCUAUUCCCUCACAAAAAAAGCCUAGCUUAUAUUUUAAAGUUAAUUUCUGCCCCUAACCAUCUUUUAUCCAGGACACUAUCCAAUCCUCCUCCCCUAAACAGGAGAAUAAUUUUCCUCCAACAAACUUAACAAACAUUUAAACAUUUUAAGUACCUCAAGUCAUUCCUAACUUUCUAUAGUCCAGAGAAUAUAAAACAAUUCAUUCUGUCUAAAUUUUAACCCAAGUAUCAAUACAAUUGAUCAAGCUGUAACCCCUCAGGGCUAUAAGGGUGUCCAGACUUCAGAUGACAACCCAUUAGAUCUUUAUGUAGCCUCUGUCUAUUCCAUCCACCUUGAGAUAGAUAACAGUUUUUAGCUUUAUAAAUAUUUUUGCACCUGUGUGUCAGUUCUAAUGAUUUCCAUACUUUUUAGGCCAACAAUGUUCUUCCAAUCAUUUUAGGCCAACAAUAUUUUUUAAACAAAUGAAAAAGUAUUUUGGCCCGAAACGUUGCCUAUCUCCUUCGCUCCAUAGAUUCUGCUGCACCCGCUGAGUUUCUCCAGCAUUUUUGUGUACCUUUGAUUUUCCAGCAUCUGCAGUUCCUUCUUAAAUAUUUUUUAAACACUAUCAUCAACCUUGGAGUCCCUUUUUUAUAGCGCUUACUAUUUUCUUUUGAUUCAUUUUGCUAUUUUUUACACCUCUGUCUGUUUUUUGCACAUAUACAAACUAGCUUAAGUUAUGAUUUAUUGAAUAUGCUUUAAUUAAUAAUUACAAUUAUAUGCCUGUGGCAUUAUCCUCCAGGAAGUCUGUUUGGUAUGUUAUGGUCUGUUUGUCUGGUUUGUUUCUGUGAUACACCCGUUCUCUCCACCCCAAAAUCCAACAUGCCAAAAUUUAAGCUGUUACCUGCAUAUCUGCCACUCAAAGAAAAACUGCAUGUUUGCCACUCCAUCUAAAAUGUCUGGUUCUCUUAACAAAGCAAAAAACACAUGUGCUUGAUGUCUGAAAUAAAAGCAAAUAAUGCUGGAAAUACUCAGCAGGUCAGUCAGCAUCUGUGGAGAGGAAUAAUAUGGAAUUGUUUUGAUGCAACUUCACCGGCUGGAAAGUUUGGUUCUGUUUCAGUCGCCUCAGAUGUAGCUUAGUGUUCCGUACAUUUCCAGUAUUUUCUGUCUUGUCUAGUUCUAAUUUAAGAAGAUAUUCUACUAAAAAGAUGCCUUGUACACAAUAGUGAAAUGUAGUUACACUUAUGAAUUUGAUUCAUUAAAUGAGCACCUUUGGUAAGACCUUGUGCAGGUUGGCGGCUUUAGGACUUACAUAAGGUGCUUAUUUAGUUGUCCAGUUGCAUUCCAAAAGCCAUGGGGAACUUGAACAGAAAGAUGUUAUGUGGACACGAGAUACAAUGUUCUUGUGUUGGAUAGACAUCUACUCCCUCAACCAGAUAGAGGCAGAUACUUGCUUUUGAUCCUUGCUAUAAUUAUUUCCUAUUUCAUUAAACUUUAUCCAUACUAGAGGUGAAACUUUUAAUCUCAAACCUCCCUCUUGAUCGACUGAUGUUGAUAUCUCUAAUUACCUGCCUUUAUUCCUUAUUUCCAUGCCACAAACGGCAACAGAGCAGAUAAUUUGAUUAGCUGAAUGCACUAAUUUAAGUAUGGUACAAAUUUUAAGUUAAGUUUAGCGAUAAUAUGUACAUGUACAAUCUAUUGUCCAUAGCCACACAUUCUGGCACCAUGAAUUGCAUUCCAUCCAAGGUGUUGGUCUAUAGUUAUUUGUUCCAUUUGUUUGAGCUAGGAUCUUGCAGUCCAUGAAUCCUACAUUUCUAAGUGUUCAUUGCUAGUCUUAUGGUAAGGCUGGAAACAAGUUUGAAAAUGGUUCUAUUCAUUAAUAUUUUGCAAAUCUAUGAACUUAUUUUCAAGCCAUUUUGCUUUGCGCUUAUCUCACCAAAGCAUCUGAUUAUCAGAACUUCAAUUAAUGAUGGUUUCUGAGAUGUGUAUUUGUAUUUCUCAACUUUUGUCUUCAGUGACUGGCCAUUGCCGUUAUCUUACAUGGUGAUGUUCACAAAAUCACCUCCUGCUCUUUGAAUGUGUGAUCGGAUGAUUAUAGUAUGACCCUGGCUGAUCUCAGUUUAGAUUUGAAAAAAAGCUGUUUUUGUUCAUUUAGGCUAACAAUAAAUUUGUGGUGCGUCUUAAUUCUGCCAAUUUCAUGUCUGGAUAUCAAUCAGAUAAAUGAGUUAGAAUGUCAUUGCUCAGUUUCUACCUCCUGCAUAUCUUGGGUAUCAUUGAUCAGACAUAACUGUCAUCAUUGUUGGAUGCCAUUUCCUAUGUCUUGUCCUCAGUGGGCAUUUCUGAACUCUCUUAUCUCUAAUGUUCUCAGGAUUACGAGCUUCUGAUGUGUUGAUAAUUUUGCUGCUUUCAAAUUAUCUUUCUUCAUCUAAUUCUUCUACCCAGUUAUAGGCAAUAGGUGCAGGAGGAGGCAAUUCAGCCCUUCAAGCCAGCACCGCCAUUCAAUGUGAUUAUGGCUGAUCAUCCCCAAUCAGUACCCCGUUCCUGCCUUCUCCCCAUAUCCCCUGACUCCGUUAUUUUUAAGAGCCCUAUCUAGCUCUCUUGAAAGCAUCCAGAGAACCUGCCUCCACCGCCCUCUGAGGCAGAGAAUUCCACGGACUCACCACUCUCUGUGAGAAAAAGUGUUCCAUCGUCUCUGUUCUAAAUGGCUUACCCCUUAUUUUUAAACUGUGGCCCCUGGUUUUGGACUCCCCCAACAUCGGGAACAUGUUUCCUGCCUCUAGCGUGUCCAAACCCUUAACAAUCUUAUUUGUUAAUAUUUUUAAUAUAGCCUAGCCUUGGAUCAAUACGAGCAGCUAAGUAACUUUCUAUAAUCUGAGGCUCAAUAAAACCUAAUUCCAUAUUAAUUAACAACUUUGGCACAGACUUGGUGGGCUGAAGGGCCUGUAUCCACACUAUAAACUAAAGUAUCCAAACAAAUUCUCUCCAAAUCUUUAAUUUUUCUGUAUGUUAAUACAACACUGCAAUCUCAUCAUUGAUAUGCAUCUAGAUUGCCUUAUCAUGGGAAUACAAAUGUCAUUCCUCACUAAUCAAUGUGCAAAGUAGGUUAUCUAUCAAAAUAUUAAAGAUAAUUGUGAAAAUAGAUUGCUAUGCUUUAUAUGAGUUGGCUUUGUCAAUCGCCCAAAUACAAUUUAAUAGUAUUCAAAUGAAAAUUCUUAAUAUGAUACCAUUUAAAUUACUCUACCAGCAAUCCAAUGAUUUAUUAGUUAAUGUGCCCUUGGAUAUAUCAAAAGCCUUGGCCAAGUCAACAAAAAUGAUGGCUAAAUUAUUUGUUUUAACAUCCAUCAUGGUUUUAUUUUAAAAGUCAAAUUUCUACUUACACCCCAGGUUUGCAACUAAAAACCCUUUCCACAAUAUUCAAAAGACCAGAGAAGUGGGAUUACUCUGCCUAACUCUCAUUUAAAUUGGAUUGGACCAGCCUUAACUCCAUCUACCUCAAUUACAGAUGUUAUAUCUGUGUUGAAAUGAUCGAGGAGGUCAAAACCUCAUGUAAUUCACACCCUAUUAGUUGCCUUAAGAGCAGUUUGUGCCCAAUCAAAUCAUGUGUGUUUGCCAAAUCUGGGAAGACAAUAAACAGUUCUUUGUACAGUAAUUUCUCAAAGCAUCAUAAUUCUGAAACAUUGAAGUGUAUUUAGCCUCUUGGUCUUGUUGCCAUGAUCUUGAUAGAGGUGCUGUAUCUGUCUGAAUCGAUUAGCCUCCAGUGUAGUGUCCCAAUCCGAAAUUACAUAUGUCCAUUUCCUUCUACAGAUGCUGGGUGAUCCAUUGAGUUCCUCCAACAUUUCGUUAUCAAUGAUUCUAUCCUCAGUCUUAAUAGCUAACACUGUUUUCCUCCCUUUAUAUGCGUCAGCAAUUGUCUCUGAGGAAAACCAUUGCACAAAGAGUCUUGGAAGCUGGGUUUCAUCAUCCUCAUACCCUGCAGAUUUUUAAUUGUCUUUCCAGCUGGCUAUGCUGCAUUUGCCUCCUUUAUCCCUUUGAGAGCCAAUUCCAUUUUCUCCUUUGCUGUAGGUUUCAACAGUAUGUCCUCCUCUAUUCAUCGCUUUUAAUCCUGCACCUUUGGCUUCCUUCUGCUCAGUGAGCUUUGCUGGUUUUCCACCUUAUAUGGGCCAACAUUUUGUGGUGCUGGUGGCUCUCAUAUUUUGGUGUGCUGGAUGUCAUGGUCAAUGAGUGAAGAUAUUUGUAUAUGGCUUUUUGUAUUCAUCCAUAUUUCAUUGCAUAUCUGUAAGUAAUCAUAUUUCAAUUAUAGGCACUAGAAAUUGCAUUACAAAUGUAGGCAAGUAUUGACUGUCAUCUCAUAUUUUAACAUAACGGGUUGCAUUAGAAAUCAAUUCUGAAAAUAUAAAAAGCCCCAAUGGUAUUUCAACCAAUACAUCACAAGACUGAAAUGAUAAUAGAACCUCAAGAUCACGCAAUUUCUUGAAAUUUCUAUUUUCUAUGCAGGUUUCAAUUUGCACUUUUGUACGUGCCUGAGGGUUCUGCUUGCUAAUUACUUAAUCGAUUACUUUAUUAGAAAGAGCCUUUAUUCUCCACUAUCAUUUCGGCCGUAGAGUUGUUAUAAUGUUCAUUUGUAACGUAGGCCAUUUGCAAAACAAGUUUUAAAUUGUCAAAUUUUUCAGCUUUUUUUUUACAGGAAUCACUUUGCUGAUAUUAUAAUUAAUAGUUGCAGUUAAAGGCAAACAAUGAUGGAUCUGAAAUAGCUUCCUGCUUUCUUAGAGUUCCAGGACUCACCACCAAUGUUUUUCGAUCACUAUUCUUCGAUCAUGUUGCCGAGCCCAAAGCCCAAGCCUUUACAUUCAAAACCACUUGUGAUGACGAGUCUACACAAGUUCAUUGGUUUCUAUAAGCUCACCUAUUUCUGUGAUGUAGAUCUUCUCGCAUCUUUUUAUGCUCUUCUGCGCUGUAUUUGAUCGAUCUUGGACAAAUCUUCCUGAUUCUGAUUUGAUUUGAGUCAUUUUCACUUUGUGAUGUUGUGCAUCAGCUGUAUUUCUCUCACGAUCACCAUUUGAAGCUUUUGGCACAUAUCUAAUAUCUGCCAAACUAGUGAGAGUAAUAUCAAGUCCACCCUUAACCUUCUGCGCUCCAAAGAAUAAAGACCCAACUUGUUCAAUCUUUCUCCAUACCCCAUACUCCAGAAUUGGCCUCACCAAUGCCUUGUACAAUUUUAACAUUACAUCCCAACUUCUAUACUCAAUGCUCUGAUUUAUAAAGGCCAGCACACCAAAAGCUUUCUUUACCACCCUAUCUACAUGAGAUUCCACCUUCAGGGAACUGUGCACAGUUAUUCCCAGAUCCCUCUGUUCAACUGCAUUCUUCAAUUCCCUACCAUUUACCAUGUACGUCCUAUUUUGAUUUGUCCUGCCAAGAUGUAGCACCUCACACUUAUCAGCAUUAAACUCCAUCUGCCAUCUUUCAGCCCACUCGUCCAACUGGCAUAAAUCUCUCUGUAGACUUUGAAAAUCUACUUCAUUAUCCACAACACCACCUAUCUUAGUAUCAUCUGCAUACUUACUAAUCCAAUUUACCACACCAUCAUCCAGAUCAUUGAUGUACAUGACAAACAACAGUGGACCCAACACAGAUCCCUGUGGCACCCCACUAGUCACCGGCCUCCAACCUGACAAACAGCCAUCCACCAUUACUCUCUGGCAUCUCGCAUUCAGCCACUGUAGAAUCCAUCUUGCUACUCCACCAUUAAUACCCAACGUACAUUUUUUACAUUUUUCUUUCUUCUUGAUUGGGUUGCAGAAGAACUCUCACUAGUUUGGCAAACUUGGUGCUGGAGUAAGUCCAAUUUGAAAGCUUUUCACAGCCUGAUACUGAAUCUGGUUCUGUUGCAGGAAUGUUUUUACUCAAGUCAUGAUAUGUUCAAAAAUAUUUAGUACUUGUUCACAAACAUGCGUUUUGGACGGGUAGCUUUUCUUGCAAGAGUUAUGAUAUAAGCAUAUCACAUUCCAUUACAAUUUUCUUGGGGAGUAUUUGGCUGAUGUAACUUGUGGCUUGCAGAAAUAAGACUAGACCAUUUUGUAACUAAUCAGGCUAACUCCUCCUCGGGUUUAGUUUUCUGAUAAACUCACAGUAGACUGGCCUAUUGAAUGAGUGCUCUCAAAACGUUUUUUUUGUAGUUCAUUUGUGUGGCCUGUGCAGCUGCAAUGGCAAACUAAUAUAAAGUGUUGACAUGAUUAGCUCUUGAAACCACAGAUCAUCAGAUCACAGGACUCAAUGAAAAAACACUGGCAGUCCGCAAAGUCAGUCCAUUAUGCAGUCAGUGCCAAAGUGACAGUGGUUACUGCUAGUCUCUAAUAAAGUUGCCCAAAAAGCUUUGCUGAAAAGCAUGCACAGCAACUUUCUCAGAGUGAGUACAACAUCACUAAUUUUUGUACCACAACCAGCUAAUUGAAUAGAUAGGUGAUUACAGCAUCUAGUGAAAAUUUUAAAAUGCCAAUAAUUUUCACUUUCUCUAUUCUCAGGAUAACCAAGCUCACUAAAGGAUUUAUUUUCAAUUAAAAUACUGCCAAUCCAUAAUGGGAAUUUGCUCCAGUAUAUUUUCCUGUAUGUAGAAGGGUUAGAAUCCAAGCUGGGUGACAUACUUAAAAAUUGGCUUGAUGAUGUAAAUAAUCAAGAGAGGUUUUUGCAUCCUUAGAUGUGGAUAAACCACCAGGCAAUGGUGAAAUAGAUCCCAGGCUGUUGAAAGAAACUAGACAAGAGAUUCUCGAGGCUCGGGCCAUCAUUUCUCAGUCUGCACAGAUGUGUUGGGUGAUUAGGAGAAGAGAUAAACUGAACUAUUCAUUUAACCUUGGUGGUGUGCAAAUGGUCAGAAAUAGCUGAGGGGCAAUGUAAAACUUAUUUUACUCUAACCUAGAUUAAUCUAAAACAGUGUGUAUUUUUAAAGGGAAGGUCAUGUCUAGCUAAGAGGUAACAAGAAGGGUUAACAUAUGUGGCCCAUAUAGCAUCGUGUUCAACAAAGUAAAGAAAAACAUGCGAUCCAAAAGUGGCUCAGUUGCAGGAAGCAAGGAAUAAUAGCUUUUUUUGUGAUUGAUGAUGUAUUACCAGUUCCUCUCUCCACUCGGUAAAUCUAUAACAAUUAUUUAGAGUUAAACAUAGGGUCAUGAAGAAGAAGUUUGCAAUUGAUCAAAACAUUGACUGUGAGGUACAGAGCUUUAGACUACAGGAAGACAAGAUCUGCACAUAAAAGGCUAAUUGGAACUGAAUACAAUGAAUUUAUACUAAAGCAUUGAGGAAGGUGCAACAAGGCGAGACAUUACAUGGGAGGAGACAGGCGGAACAGAAGAAGCUUGGAUUAUACUCACAGAUCAUCCAACAUGAAAGUGUUUAAAAGGUAGGUGGGAUGCUUUUUUAUGAAUUGAAGUGUUGAACAAGAGUAGGUUUUUAAUGCUGAAAUUGUAUACACUGCUAGUUAGACGACAGCCUUAGAGAUGUGUACUGUUUUGCAGUACAGGAAAGUUGAGUUUUGAAUGGAGAGGAUGCAGAGCAGAUUAAUGAUGAUAUUGCCAAGACUGAAGGUUUGGCUAUAUAAAAAGUUUGGGAUUGUUUUUAAGAAGGAACCGCAGAUGCUGGAAAAUCGAAGGUACACAAAAAUGCUGGAGAAACUCAGCGGGUGCAGCAGCAUUUAUGGAGCGAAGGAGAUAGGCAACGUUUCGGCCCGAAACGUUGCCUAUCUCCUUCGCUCCAUAGAUGCUGCUGCACCCGCUGAGUUUCUCCAGCAUUUUUGUGUACCUUGGGAUUGUUUUUGUUCAGUAGAGGAAGUUGAAGGGAGACAUAAAUUGAGUUGAGAUAUAUAUUAGUAAAUCUAAUAGAGUUAUGUAGAAGUAACUAUUUCACACGUGGCACACACUAAAGGGCAUACAUUUAAAAUGAUUGCUAGAAGCAUUAGAGGUGAGAGGCAGGGGAGCUGCAUAAUGGGAGAGAAGAUCAAAGGUGAAAUUGAAACAUAAAAUAUAUAAUAUAUCCUAAUUAACUUUUGAGAACUGGAGAUAAUUGCUGCUUCUAUUAUGUUGCUGAGACAGUGUGCCAAUCCAGCUCUUACCUUAAGUCUUUUCUGCUGGUACAUCAUUCUCGCACAGAUCUACAUGGCAGUGUUACAGGUAUUUAAACGCCAUGAAAGUUUUCUCUUGCCAAUCUUCGUUAACCCCAUCAAUAUGUUUCUUCAUUCCUCAUGUGCAUUUGGUUUUUACCAUGCGUUCAUCAUUACUUUUCAACUCGACCAAUUAUUUUUUUUUUUAAUGGCAAGCUCUAAAUUCUUACCACCCUUAAAUGUUUCCUUUCAAUUCUACGUGGGAUAUAGUAAGGACAUUUAUUAAAUAUAUAGUAUAUGUGGUUUCCAGUUGUUAUCUGGUGACAAGUGGACAGAUAAAUUUUCCCAGGUUUUGCUUCUGAGAUUGGUGACUCGUCUGGUAAUGGGCCCAGGCUGAUGUUUGUCCAUGAUACACUAAAGGUCCUGUCCCACGAGCAUGCGGAAAGUGCGACCUAACGUGGUCGCUUGAGCCGUACGGCCUCGCGGGGCCGGUCCCACUUCGAUCACUGGAGCCGUAUGGAGUUGUGCGGAGCUGGUCCCGGCAUUGCGCGGGGCUCCGAAAAACUGACCGUGUUCAAAAAUUCUGCGCAGCAACGGCCUGCCGGCCCGCAGCCGCCUCGACGCCGUACGUUACCCGCGGACUUCGCUCGAGUUUCAUGUCACUCAUUCGACCUCCACGCGGCCCACGCUUCUGGUUUGGUCGCGCUUGCCGCAUGGAGUCGCAUGCUCGUGGGACCGGCCCUUUAGGUCGUGCUUGUAUUUAUGCAAGAACAAUGUUCAGGUCAAAAAUGUCUUUGAAGCAUUAUGAUUUUAUUUCAGAUAUUCAUUGUUUUGCGUCCAUUGAUCUACCUUUCAGCACCAUCUAAUUGACCUUAUUUUUCCAUUCACCCACCAGCUAAACUAAACAAUUUUGUUUUAAAAAGCUGAAUUCAUUAUUAUUUUGGCAACAUUUUCAAUAAAAAUUUGGAAUCAGCUAUGACCAAGCUAAAACAUACCUAGAAAUCUCUUCAGUGAUUGAAAUCUAAUUGAAUUGAUAUACUUUACAUUGCAUGUGAGUUAGUUUAGCACUUUUUCUGAUCUUCUAGAAACUGGUAACAAACCAAAUAAUAAUUGAGUGUGUGUGUAUGCAUGUAUGUGUGUUGGGAAAUAAUAAUUUUGAGGAAGGGCUAGGAUUUCUGGGAAUUUAGUUCAAAUAAUGAAAUAUCUAAUUUGUGAAAAAUUCUAUAUACUUAGGACAUGGAUAAUUUUACUGACUAUUAACCUUCAACUAUUUUUACUUCAUGGUUCUAAAUCGUAGUGCAUUUAUGUUUGUAUAGCAAGUUAUUCCCAUUCCUGAAACAUUUUUCUCUGAACUAUUAUUUUCUUCUCUACCUCUUUGCUUACCUGCCUAUUUCGUGUGAUAGAGUAAAGAGGUGUGCAUUGUGAUUCUAUCUUUCUUCCCCAUGGUGUAAAAUGUAAAGUAGUCAAUACUGGGAAAUUGCCACGUGUUACACCCAUGCCCUGAUUGCAACAAAACCUGAGAAAAGUGCAAACAUAAUUGCAACAUGUACAGUAUCUAUACUUUUAAUUUACUUUGAGCAGUUUUCAUGUUACCUGUACACUGAAUAGAUUUACUCAAUGACCAUUUUAUCAAAAGGAAUGUUGCAAUGACAUUACAGAAACGGUUCUAAUUGUUUUUGAACCACAUGCAGUAAUGGACUUUGUUCCAGUGUGCUAUCUUUAACAGGUGGUUGGGAAUAAAUUGCCCACUUACCACUCUUCUUUGCUUAAUAUUGCAAGGAUGAGCAUUGUUCCUUAAAAUUAUGUCUCAAAAUUGUUCUUUUCUUAUUGCCAUUCUCCCAGGGCCCUGUCAUUUACUGUGCAAGUUCUGCCUGAGAUUGUCUAACCAAAUAUUAAAAUGUACACUUUAAAUAUGACGCUAAAUAUUUCAAGACAUUCAUCCAUGUUGGUAGAAAGAAAUGCACUGACUGAGCCCUGCUGUGGGACACACAUAUUUAAAACUUUAUUGUGUGGAGCCAAAUAGUCAAGGUUUUAGGAGAAAUAACUGUGCACAAAAUUGGAAAUGUCUAAUUUUACUUCAACAGGCCACAAAGAUUAUUUUGCUGUGAUUAGCAUGUUCAGCAUCUGAGCUUUCUCUUGUUUGUUUUUUUUUGCUUCUACAAAUGGGCAUAUGAAUUCCAUUUCUUUAGUACAUGGUUGUUUGCCAUUUCAUGUACAUUGCAUGCUUAUGCCACCAUAAUAUGACUGUUACCUUGUGGCUGUUGUAAGGAGGGCAGCUACAAACUGGGUCAAAAGUAAAUGCAUAUUUUUUGGUAAAUAGGUACUUGUAUGCUUUGAAUACUUCAUGGGGUCAAGUCUGUUGAAGCUGUGAUUGUUGAUAAUUUUUUUUUAAAGAAAAUGCGUAUCUUGUAUUUGUAGUUUUUUGUGUAUUUUGCAGUUAAAAGAGUUUCUAAUUUUUUGAUGUUGUCAAAAGGUGUUGAUGAAAAAACACUUUACAAAAAUAAGCAUUUGUAAAAAAAGUUAUAUUUGAUUAAAAUGUUGAAAACA